UCGCAUUUGCAUUUCUUUAGUUUGUGAAUUUGAUCGAUUUACUAUCAAAUUCCUAAAACCUUGACCAAACCCUAUUUAUUUUCUGCACUGCACGUCUUCAUUGCAAAUUGUGAAUAUUUCAUUUCUCAAAUCGAGUUUGGACUUUUUUAUUAUUAUAAACGAAUUUCCCCGCUUGAAUCGCCAUAUAGGUUAUCUCCUUCGAAUUCAAUUAUAUGUGAAUAUACACUUGUUUUCUAUUUAUCACUCUUGAGUAGUAUUUGCUAAAUUAGUCAUGCUCUGCUGCCUUUUCAUUUUGGUCACUCGCUUUCUUUAUGAUCAGGUCAUGUUCUGAUAUCCGAAAUCUUACCUAUGUCACUUGCCAUUCGGAUUGUAACAAGUCUACAUCUCAAUCAUCAUUGUUUUUGAGUCCUGGCUCAAGGAAUAGAGGAAAUGGCAUGAGAAACCUAGUUUGUCAGGCAUCUUAUUCUGUGGAUACAAGCACAUGUGAUGGAACUGCUUUACAAUCUUCUUCCCAUGUUGCAGAAGAAAAAGUUGGCGUGCUGCUUCUCAAUCUAGGAGGACCUGAGACGCUGAAUGAUGUUCAACCUUUUCUGUUUAAUCUUUUCGCAGAUCCUGAUAUCAUUCGUCUCCCAAGGUUGUUUCGGUUUCUCCAGCGACCAUUGGCAAAAUUGAUUUCUGUACUUCGGGCUCCUAAAUCCAAGGAAGGGUAUGCUGCUAUUGGAGGUGGCUCUCCUUUACGCAAAAUUACAGAUGAUCAGGCACUUGCUAUUAAAAUGGCUUUGGAAGCAAAGGGCCUCCCUUCAAAUGUCUAUGUUGGGAUGCGGUACUGGUACCCAUUCACUGAAGAAGCAGUUCAGCAAAUUAAGAGGGAUGGAAUAACGAGGCUUGUGGUGCUACCUCUUUAUCCCCAGUUUUCUAUAUCCACAACUGGGUCAAGCAUCCGUGUUCUCCAGCAUAUGUUCAGGGAAGAUGCGUAUUUGUCUAGGCUUCCUGUUUCCAUUAUAAAUUCUUGGUAUCAACGAGAAGGUUAUAUUAAGUCAAUGGCUGACUUGAUUGAGAAAGAGCUCCGGAGUUUUUCUGAGCCAAAGGAGGCAAUGAUAUUUUUCAGUGCUCACGGUGUACCUGUCAGUUACAUUGAGGAUGCUGGGGAUCCAUACCGAGAUCAAAUGGAGGAGUGCAUCUUCUUGAUCAUGCAGGAGUUGAAGGCUAGAGGAAUUAGUAACGAGCACAUUCUUGCUUAUCAGAGUCGAGUGGGUCCUGUACAGUGGCUGAAACCGUAUACAGAUGAAGUUCUUGUUGAGCUUGGCCAGAAAGGUGUGAAGAGUCUUGUAGCUGUUCCAGUGAGCUUUGUGAGUGAGCACAUCGAGACUCUAGAAGAAAUUGAUAUGGAGUACAAGGAACUGGCUCUUGAUUCUGGCAUCAAGAAUUGGGCACGUGUCCCUGCCCUUGGUGUUACAGCUUCCUUCAUUACAGAUCUAGCAGAUGCUGUAAUAGAAGCUCUCCCAUCGGCAACAGCAAUGUAUGCACCGACCAGCACCUCUGAAGAUGUUGAUCAUGACCCAGUUAGAUAUUUUAUCAAGAUGUUCUUUGGUUCCGUCUUGGCAUUCAUCUUGUUUUUAUCACCCAAAAUGAUAAUGGCAUUCAGGAAUCAUGUCAUCUAGAUGAAUUAAAAAUUUCCUACUGAAUUCGAUAUGCGAGGAUAGUAGUUGAAACUAUUGAUAACAACUUGUAUACUUGGUUUACUCCUUUCAGCCUGUACUGCAUACAUCACAGAUAUAGAAGAAGCGAUUUUUUUGUACUUGAUCAUGAUGGGAACUUGCUGGUAAAAUGUGCCAUAUUAUCUAUUAGAAAUCCAAGCACUGACAAGAGCCAGUUCCAGCAACAAUGAGCUCGAGCAUACUGUGAUUCCAACAGGUGAAAGUGGUUAGGUAGCCGCUUGUUAGUGCAACAGCUAGAUGCUUAGAUACACUGGAUCUGUCUCCUUUAAGUACAACACCAAACAAUCCCAUCAAAAAGGAACCAAGCGGGAAAAUGUGUAAAAUUUUUGAUUGAGUAAACUAUCUAAAUCAGCUUCCUAAUCAAUAAACUUCAAUAAUUUC